AUGACGGCAUAUAUUCAUCCACCAAGUGCAUCUAAUAGAACAGAGUACAAGACAGACGUGGAAGGAGCCAAUACUUUAAAGAUCGACAACUUGAAAUCUGGAACGAAAUAUGCUGUACAGAUAUAUUACUCAGUUAACAAUAUUAUCAGCGCAGAAUCAUAUAACCUAACAGAAUAUACAAAGCCAGAAAGCGUGGAUCAGGAGGAAGUCAAUAUAACUGAAAUAACCGAACAUAGCAUUACAGUACAAAUAAAUCCUCGUUCGAAUAAAAACUGUGAUAAAUACCAGAUCUGGAUUGCAAGUAAUAGUAAUUCAGUGCAAGAAAUUUUUAGAAAUGAUACGUCGCAUGAUACUGCAACUUUUCAGAAUUUAACUGGUGGUGUUCUUUAUACUUUGGUGUUUAUUGCGACUGCUGGAAAACACAACAGCAACGCUACAAUGAUUUCGAAUUACACCAGGCCUCCGAGAAUAAUAAAGGCGUCAGUAUCUGAACGAUACAAUUCAUCAUUAACAUUGUCGAUGGAAUACCGCGACAAAGAGCAGACGUUAGUCAGAUAUAGAAUAUACAUUUCACAAAAGAUAGAUGAAAAAGCGAAAAUUAACCAGUACAAAAACCCAGAAGAUAGGUGCUGCAAUAUACAGACGAAUGGCAACGGAACUGUUUUAUGUACAAGCAAUAACACUUACACUAUCGCUAAUCUUAAAGCUGGAACAUUGUACAAUUUGAUCAUUUACUCCUGUAUAGAUGGGCUACAAAGUGAAACCCCAUAUCAACUUACGGAAUAUACAAAACCGGAGACUCCUGUUGUUAACUUUAUCAGUUGGGAGGAAACGUCGCUGACUGUGAAUUGGACAGUUAAAGACAUCAAUACCAGAGAACAAAUAGUGUUGGACAUAAAACCUCGACCAGAAACAGGCGAUUCGUUACUUCCUCAUAUUAGAGAUAAAAAUGAUACGUCUGGAACCACGGCUUUUGAAAAUUUGAAGGCUGGAACAAUGUAUAAAGUUACAGGUUACACAAUUCUUAAAAUAAUAGAUGCGGAUAGGAAUCAAACACUCUUAAGCGAAGGAAACUAUACUGUAUCCCAUUAUACAAGACCGGUACCGCCACCAAAGAACAAGAUACAAGUAGCUAAUAUUCAGACACAGUCUUUCGAAGUAAGUAUUCAGGAUGAGCAGUGGGAUAAGUACAGGUUCGAGAUUUCACCGCCACCGCAACAUGGAAAUGCGAGUGUCGAGGUUUACCAUUCAAAACUUCCUGUAAGGAUAAACAAUUUGAAAACAGGGACUAUGUAUACAAUCAAAGUAUAUUCGUUUGUUGAAGAUAUCCGCAGUGAACGCAAUACGACAAUGUAUACUUACACAAGUAAGUUUCAAGAAUCAUAA